GCUCCGCCCCACGUUGUGUAAACGGGCCCGGAGCAGCCGCCGCAGCCGGGUGGAAGCGGGUCUCCGGGGCCCCGGAGCCGCCGCCCAGAUAGUUUCACGCCAACAAGCUGCUGCUGGGAAGGUUGGCUGGAGCCGUCUCCUCUGUAGCUGGCCGGCGUGGCGGCUGGAGACUGCACGGGGUGUCGGAGCUGUGCCCGCCCCGUAGGACGGCGGCGAGCAUGUCUCAGAAGAGCAGGAACCGGCAGGCCCGUGGCGGGGAGGAGAUCAGCGGGGAUGCAGCGAGGCCUGGAGCUGCUGCGGCGCCCCGGGGCCAGCUGAAAGGCAAACGGAAGAUCCUGGCAGAGCCCAGUGGGGCGGAGGUGUUGACCGUGGAGAAGAGGAGGAAGGAAGGGGAGGCAGCGGAGCGGGGAGGAGCUGGGAGUCUGGGGGAAGCCGUGAGGCAGGCGCGGCUGCAGGUUGCCCCCUCUGUGCAGGACUUCAAGUACAACAAGAAGCGAGUGCGCUUGGUCUCGCAGGGCUCCAACCUCAAGGAUGCUGCCCAGGGCGUCGUGUACUGGAUGUCUCGAGACCAGAGGGUGCAAGAUAACUGGGCUUUCCUGUACGCCCAGCGCCUGGCCCUGAAGCAGCAGCUCCCUCUGCACGUCUGCUUCUGCCUGGUGCCCAAGUUCCUGGAGGCCACCAUCCGUCACUUCAGCUUCAUGCUGAAAGGCCUGCAAGAAGUGGCCGAGGAGUGCCAGGAGCUGGACAUCCCCUUCCACCUGCUCAUUGGCUUUGCCAAGGAAGUGCUGCCUGCUUUCGUGACGGGCCGUGGCCUCGGUGGAGUGGUGACAGACUUCUCCCCGCUCCGCGUCCCCAUGCAGUGGGUGGAAGACAUCAAGGAGAGGCUCCCGGGAGAUGUGCCGUUUGUACAGGUUGAUGCUCACAACAUUGUCCCGUGCUGGGUUGCCUCAGACAAGCAGGAGUACGGAGCCAGGACAAUUCGACGGAAGAUCCAUGAUCAGCUCUCGGAGUUCCUCACGGAAUUCCCUCCUGUCAUCAAGCACCCGUACCCGUCCACAGCCCCGGCAGAGCCCAUAGACUGGAAUGCCUGCCGCGCCAGCCUGCAGGUGGACUGCUCGGUGAAGGAGGUGACUUGGGCGACGCCGGGGACGGCCGCGGGGCUGGCUAUGCUGGAGUCGUUCAUAGGCGAGCGGCUGAAAUCCUUCGGCACCGACCGGAACAACCCGAACAGGGCAGCGCUCAGCAACCUCUCGCCGUGGUUCCACUUCGGCCAGGUCUCCGUCCAGCGGGCCAUCCUGGAGGUGCAGAAAUAUCGCAGUAAAUACAAGGAGUCGGUGGAUGGGUUCAUUGAGGAGGCCGUGAUCCGCAGGGAGCUGGCCGACAACUUCUGCUACUACAACAGGAACUACGACAAGGUGGAAGGUGCGUAUGACUGGGCCAAAACCAGCCUGAAGCUCCACGCCCAGGACAAGAGGUCUCACCUCUACGAGCUGAAGCAGCUGGAGGAGGGGAAGACGCACGACCCGCUCUGGAACGCUGCCCAGCUCCAGAUGGUUCACGAGGGGAAGAUGCACGGGUUCCUACGCAUGUACUGGGCCAAGAAAAUCCUGGAGUGGACCCGCUCCCCCGAGGAGGCCCUGGAGUUCACCAUCUACCUCAACGAUCGCUAUGAGCUGGACGGCCGGGAUCCCAGCGGCUACGUAGGCUGCAUGUGGUCCAUCUGCGGGAUCCACGACCAGGGCUGGGCCGAGCGGGCCGUGUUCGGGAAGAUCCGCUACAUGAACUACGCCGGCUGCAAGAGGAAAUUCGACGUGGGGCAGUUCGAGCGCAGAUACGAUCCCCGCAAACUGGGCCAGUAGCCUUGUGGGGUGUGGGGAGGCAGCUCCUGCUGAAAACAGGAUGGCUGGGGCUCGUUGGGGGGGUUCUCUGCUGGGCCUUCGAACGUUUGCAUUUCCCCCCACAUACCAUUGACAGGCCCUUGCCUACAGGAUUCCUCCAAGGCAGCGGGUCGGGCGCAAUGCCGGGAGCUGGGGCAGCAAGCCUGAGCUUCUCCCUGGCUGCCCAAAGUUUUCUUUGGCACAGCCCCAGCUGUGCCACCUCCCCCUACUAGCCGGGGACAGCUCUAAAAGCUACUUUGAUAUUUCUAGAGGGGAGGGGUUCGCCAGCCACCCCGACUGCUCGGGGAGGAGACACUGCCUUUUCCAGCCUCGCCCUCACCUGCAGCAGGGAGACAGGCCUGGCUCGUAGAGCUCAGGGAUGCUGGGCUUGUAGCUUAGCGCUUCUGGCUUGAUUGCGUCUAGAAGGAGCUGCUGGCAGAGGCGGGGGAAUCUCAGCGCAAAUCCACCGCGGCUGGCGGGAUCUCAGCUUUCGCGCAGAGCAGGGAAGAGGGGAGCUCCCGGGGCGACACAAACUGACCUCAACUGGCUGCGUUACCUCUAGGGGCUUUGCUGCCCCACCCCACGCAGAGAUGGAUGCUUGUCUCACCCCAUGCACUAAGCAGGCAGGAUUUUCAGAGUGACUGUUAAAAGCCCACUGACUUGCAGUAGGGUCUGUGUCUUAAACCUUACAACACCCAG